UGAGAGAAAUGACUGUACUGACAAUAUGAAAAGUUCCAGGGGGUUAUAUAGAAAAAACUCCUCAUUAAAUUAUGGGCCCAUGCGGGACCACAUCACUUAGGUAGUCCCACAUCCAGUUGGCUCCCGCUGGUUGUGCACGAGAUUUUCAGCCGUUGGAUUCCAGAUCUCCGGGAAUCACCAUCCGAUCCGCUGUUAAACGUUUCACACCAUUCCUAUGAACCAUCUGGUCAAUAAGAAAAGAACACGUAGUGCUAACACGCGCGUGACAAGGAAGGACAAGCCGGGACCACGGCCGGACUCGUAGAUCGCGCUUGCGCUCACGUUGGACGUGGGCCCAUCUCUCAAAAUCCACUGGCUCCAGUGGGCCCCUACCCAGAUCAGACGGUCCACAACGCUAGCCGUGAGGACCGAGAUGGCCGUCAGUGGUGGGGCCUCUUCCCUCAUCCACUGGAUAACUCUAAAGAUCUUUUUUUCCUAAUUCAUCAAUUUUAUAAGGGCGUAAAUGUGAAAAAUAUGGGUUUUGGGGGGUUUGUCUUUUUUUCCCCUUUGCGUGUCAUUUAGAUUUUAGAGGGAGAAAAGAGAGCAAAAAAAUGUGAACUUAAAAGAGAGAGCGAAAUCGAACCUCAGGAAAAGGAGGCGAGCAGGAGAAUGGCGGCGGUGGCGGUGGAGGCGGCGGAGCAGGGGUUGAUAGUGCCAAAGGCGGAGCCGAUGGAGAUGAUGACGGGGCUGCCGGUGAUACGGAGGCCGGAGGGGCCCAGGACGAAGGAUCGGCACACGAAGGUGGAGGGCCGAGGCCGGAGGAUCCGGAUGCCGGCGGCGUGUGCGGCGAGGAUAUUCCAGUUGACGAGAGAGCUUGGUCAUAAGUCCGAUGGAGAGACUAUCCGGUGGCUUCUCCAGCACGCGGAGCCAGCCAUCAUCGCCGCUACCGGCACCGGUAUUGUCCCCGCCAUCGCCACCACUGUCGGUGGGACCCUCAAGAUCCCUACUCAGGCUCCUAACAGCUCCACCACCGUCGCCGACGAGUCAGCGAAGAAGCAGCGGAGGACGAAGCUGCAACCGUCGCGUGCGGGAUCGAGCGCCGCCACCACCGUCGCCGCCGGAUACUAUCAGAGUAAUCAAGAGCACCAGCAGCUCGGCGGCGCUGUAGCGCCGCAGGGGGUAGUGCAGAUGUGGGCGCUUGGUGGGGCAGGUGCGGGCGCGAUAUGGAUGCUGCCGCCGGCCGCCACGGCAAUCGCCGGAUCAUCGGUUCAGCAGGCCCAUAUAUGGGCGUUCCCGCCUGGUCCUCAGAUGUUCAAUCUCGCGGCGGCACGGCCCAUCACCGGCGCCGGCGCAGCCUCCGCCAUCUACGCCGGUCUGAGCACCGAUUCAAGCGCGGCAGCAGGAAAGCAAGAGCUGCAGCUUAUGGGCGAGACCACGGAGGAUGGCCGGAAUCAGAAAGAGAAGCCGCCGGAGGACGUCCCCUCGGCGGCGACCGAGGACAACGAGUCUGAGGAAAAGCACUCGAGUCUUGCCGGCUAGGUUUUUUAAUAUAUAUAUAUAUAUAUAUAUUAUUGGCACAGCCAAAUUGAAAAUUUUAUUAUGAGCAAACAGCUGAAUACAAAGAAAUACAAAAACCCAAAACAUACUGAAGCCUAUAAAAGUCAAGCAUGACAAACACAGCUAUACAUUCAAUACAAAAAAACUAACACAAAUCCUCAUAUAUAUGUGGGAACCCACUGAACACUGCAACCAUCCAAACAGAGAUAAGUCCUCAGGGUAAACUGGUAGCUUGAGCCACACAUGUAAGAUUUCAGGGAUCAACCCAUCUAUCUAAAAGACACCUUCCUUUAAAUUCAUCAAAAUGACAACUAAACUUAAGAAAUACUGAGUCUCUGAUAUGCCUAUAUACCCUCUCCAGGCUUUGUGGUUUUUGUUGAAAAAUCAAAUCAUUUCUAGCUCUCCAUAACAUAUAAAUGCUAGCAGAGAAAGCACAUCGUCUGAUUUGUGCUAGCAAAGAUUUCCCACUAGCUUUUUUUUGAAACCAGCUGACCUCUCUUCUCCAAACCAAAGGUUU